AUGAUAAUCGAUCCACCUGUAGCAAACUGUUCAGGCAGCGGUAACAAUAACUUGACUGUGAAUGUGACGGCCACCAUCCAAAAUAGCACGGAGAGUUACAACGUUUCGUGGGGAAAGGUGCUAAGUGACAAACCCAAAAUAGAGUCGGGAAAGUUUUGCACUUGUGAAGGGAUUUGGCCAAAUACCCCAAAUGGAAGUACAGUGAUUAAUCAGUGUGAAAAUGGCAAGACUGGUUACAAGUCUCGUACUUGUGGUGAUGAGGCCGAGUGGCAGAUGGAGUACUCCUCCUGCAUCAGCGAUGAGUUGAAGAAAGUUCUAACUGCAGCAGAGGUCUUCAAGGCGGGCAUAGGGGCUACACAGGAAGCAGCCAUGUCGAUCUUUCAAGCACUUAAGAACACCACUACAUCUAAAUCCAGUAACAACCCUGCUGGUAUCAAUGCUUCUAUCAGCAUAAUAGAUAUAAUGGCCACUGGAUCAAAAAACAUCCCCUUGAAGGAAGAAGUCUUUGAUGAUUUUCUCACAGCAGCCAGCAAUUUAUUGGCAAACAACUGGACCGGGGUCAACUCAUCUAUCAAAUAUGACAUGUCAUCACGAUACCUUUUGAGUGUGGAGAAUCUGGUGAAGAACAUCCAAGUGAUCAACACUUUGAAUAUCUCCAAACCAAACUUGGACCUCAAAGUCUCCAACGGGGACCGUACAAUCUCUGUGUUUAAUGCCACUGUUAAACUCACAGAGACUGGCGGACAGUUCAAAACUGUUGGUGUGAGAAAUCUGAUGGAUAAAUUAAAUAACAGUUUUAAACCAACAUCAACAGUUCCGCAUAACCUUUUACUAAUAGUCACAAAGAACGGCAGUUCGUCUACCGAGAUUACAAUGAACUUCCCCAUCAAGAAGCUGAACGACACACAAAGACAACACUGUGUCUUCUGGGACACCAAUAAAACGGACUGGUCAGACACAGGUUGCAGAGUUGAACGUGAUAGUAAUCACACACUCUGCAAGUGCAACCACCUGACUUCAUUCGCUGUCCUCAUGUCCAAGUCAGAUACACCUAAUGUCGACCUAGAUACCAUUACCUAUGUUGGCCUGGCAGUGUCCAUCUGCUCUCUGGUGAUCCUCCUCAUCAUUGAGGCUCUCGUGUGGUCUGUUGUAGUCAAGACUGAUCUCUCAUAUUUCCGUCACACAGCACUGGUGAACAUCGCCGUGUUCCUCUUGCUCGCUGACUGCAGUUUUUUGGCAUCUAUGUCACCUGAGAAUCUCAGUGCUCACUGGUGCUUAAUUUUAACCAUAUGCAAACACCUAUUUUAUUUGGCCAUGUUCAGCUGGAUGCUGUGCAUGAGCGUCAUGCUCAUCCACCGGCUCAUCUUUGUCUUCAGCCCGCUAAGGAAAAGAGUCUUCAUGUUCCUAUCCAGUAUCGUAGGCUACGGUUGCCCAGUUCUCAUUGUGGGAUUUAGCUUUGUGUAUUGCAGAUACAACGAGAAGGACUACUAUAACAAGGACACAUGCUGGCUAGUUUUUGAUGGAACCUUGAAGGGCUCAUUGUAUGCUUUCCUUCUCCCUGUGGGAACUGUUAUUUUCACAAAUCUUUUUUCCAUGGCGGUUGUCAUUUUUACUCUGUUGAAGUCCUCCGCCCCUGAUGGCAGCAAGUCGGAUGAGAAGGAGACAUUAAAGAGCAUCGUUAAAGUGGUGGUCUUUCUAACACCAGUUUUUGGAGUAACAUGGGUUAUUGGCUUCUUUCUGCAAAUAUUCGAUAAGGACGACGAGGAAUACCCUUUUCUUGAAUACAGUUUCACCAUCCUCAAUUCCUUCCAGGGCUUUUUCGUGAUGUUAACAGGGGUAUUUGCAGAGCCAAAGGUGCGUCAAGAACUGUUAAAGCGAAUGGUAGGUGAUAAAGGAAAAUAUGACACCAUGAAGAAUUCAACCUCAGCCUCAAACACAAAAGAAAGAUAA